AUGAUACAACCGUGCGAUGCAAUUCCGCGCGACAGCGACAAGAACCAACGUGUCGAUGCUCCCUCCCCCGACGACUACCCACCUCUUGAAGGACCCAACUUUGCUUUCACCUCACAAACACCUCUCGGGAACCUCUCUGAACCUCGUGAAUACGCCGAUGGCGCCCAGGCAACCCAAAAACUUAUUGCUGACCCCAUCGUCCCCAUCAACCGACAACUCUGGACAGGGAUUGAUACCAGGACCGCAUAUUUCAAGAACGACUUCGGGCAGGACAAGAUCUCCAGAGUUCCAGAGUUGCUGCAGGCGGGGAUGCGGAGGCUGGUUUUGGACCUUUGGUGGGAUAGUGCCGCGUUGGGUUGGCAAUUGUGUCCGCGACUGAAACGGGACACGACAGGGAGUCCAUUGACUACUCUCAGGUUGGCUCUCGAGCAGGAACAGGAACGCUUUCGUGCCAUGUCUGGUUCAGCAGGGGGAGUUGGAGGGGGAGCCACAGAUGAUUCCCUCUCGCAAUUGCAGGGCAUGGGUAAUAGUGUACCUGCUGUCGAGGCCACUGCGGAGGAAUUCGAUCAAGCGAGCAGGCUGGGACAGGAACAGGAGCAGGAACAGGGACGACAGGGCAAUGAACCCAUAGCCUCUGACGCUACAGGAUCGUCCGUCAAAGGGGUCUCUCGGUACGCGGCCUCACACCAUCCACACAGAGUAGCGCCCAAUCGUCUGGCUAUGAGUAAGGGCGUCGUCGCAUCCUACAACCCACUUGCAGCUGGAGCAGCCGACCAAACAAUGGACGGGAUCACUUGUUCGACUGGCGAGGAUAUCGUACUGCUGUUGCAGGCACUUGAGGCUUGGAUCGAACGUUCGAGAUCCCCAGAACUGGAGGAUAUCAUCCUUAUCAUCCUCAACCUCAAUGAACUCAACAACAACAGCCUGGGCACUCGACCCAAUACUCCGCCCACUACUCCGCCCACGCCUACUUCAGCAACUCCUGCGCCGCCUGGGGCAACUCCAACUACCACUCCACCCAUCAGCAACGCAGAGUUCUUUGAACACAUCAACUCACCUAACACCAACAGGACCAUCAACGAGUUGGCUGCGACCAAGAUGGUCUCACUCCGCCAACUCUUUAUCGAUGCGUUCCCUCAAUCGAUAUACACCCCCAACCUACUGGAGCUCGACCGUGCAGAUGUGGAAGCAACCUGGUGGAAGGGUGGUCCUGUCGGGUUGGACUACUACAACACUACCAGAAACCCUACAACAAACAAGCUGGAAGCGCCAACAGGAUGGCCAACUAGUUUGUACCUGCGGAAGGAGGCCAAUCGACGGAUUGUGAUCGGGAUCGGGUCCAACAACCUGGCCGCCAACACCACCUACAACAUCACGGACGACUAUCAGACAUUUCACCAACAGGCAGCGAUGGGCCCGUCGAUGACCAACAGCAGUCUCCUGCGGGUCUUACCCACUUUGAACCAGGACACUUGUUCUCUGCCUGUUCCAGGUGUGUCGAUGAGCCCGACGGGCUCCGAGGAGAGCUUUGCGGAGAUAACAGCGUUGAGGAGGAGAGGCGAAACCAUCACCGACGACGUGACCUGGUCCUUCGCAAGCAUGUCUGACAACGAUAUGUCGCCCUGGACCUUUCUCUCCGGGCGCGUUGUCACGAAUUGCGGGUUCUCAUCGCUGGUAGAGGGUAGAUCUCAAUCGCUUACAUACUCGGAGCAGACGGCGAUGACGAUCUGGUCGUGGGACUUGGACCAACCGCCGGAUGAAAUCAUGCGGGAUCAAAGCCGUCGCUGUGGCGCUAUGAAGAGAAACGGUCGAUGGGUCGUACAGGACUGCAACGACAAACUCCCUGUCGCCUGCCGCAAAGUCGGCACCUCCUAUCAGUGGAUAAUAAAUGAAAAGGGCGCAGGAAACUAUCGGGAUGUGACAUGUCCAGAGGGGUACAAGUUUGAUGUACCACGGACAGCACGCGAGAACCAGAUGUUGUAUUCGACUAUUCAGGCAUUCAGGAAUACGACAGCCUAUUCGUCCUUACCUUCAUCCCAGCCACUCACCCUUGGUCAACUGGAAAAGUCUGCGUCUUCGCUCAAGCCUGCUUUCAAUCGGUUCACGGAUGCUGUCAGUGAUGUAUUCAAGAACCUCAAGAAGCGGGAGGAAAGGACAGGAAAGUUGCAGCCACCCCAUGAUAAGAGCAAGAGUCACGACGACGAUGAGGAUGAUGCCAGGAGUAACAACGGUCGCAAGGCCCAAUCUGUGUCGGAUGAACAUCAACAACAACAGCAACACUCUGGAGGCAGCACGGCGACCAGAAUCAAAGAAGUCAAGGCGGAACCUACAGCUAUGGCUGGAGCCAAUGAUCAGUCUGGAGGAGGUGUGAUCUGGAUCGAUAUUUCGAGCUGGCAAACUGCUGGAUGUUGGGUCCCCGGAGGCUCGGAUGGUAUCUGCCCUUACCAGGAACCAGACAACACCGUUGCCCUCCAAGAUAUCAUCAAAGUCUCCACCAUCGGAGGAGUGAUUAUUUUGGUGCUGGUGGGUAUCUUUUUGUACAUGAAGUUCCGUCGGAAUGGGCGUCUACGCAAGGCGGGUAGGCGUCGUGCUGAUGUCCGCCGCAAGAUCCUCCUCACCGAAGUCGAGACUGUCCCUGCCUAG